ACAUGCACUGAAAUAGUUAAACACUCUCUCUCACUCAAUGGCUUGGCACUCGUUCCUCUUAUUAGCGACGGCCAUUCUCGCCGUUGUGUGCUCCGCCGUGAGCGGUUGCUCGCCAUCGGAUAGGGCGGCGCUGCUGGCCUUCCGGAAGGCGCUGAGCGAGCCCUACCUUGGCCUCUUCAACUCGUGGACGGGCUCCAACUGCUGCCUCGACUGGUACGGCAUCAGCUGCGACGCCACCACCGGCCGUGUCACCGACAUCAACCUCCGCGGGGAGUCCGAAGACCCCAUCUUCGAGAAAGCCGGUCGCUCCGGCUACAUGACCGGAAAACUCUCAGAGGCGAUCUGCGGCAUCGACACCCUCACCACCCUCGUCGUCGCUGAUUGGAAAGACAUUGCCGGGGAGAUCCCCACCUGCGUCACCGCGCUUCCCUCCCUCCGCAUCCUCGACCUCAUAGGGAACAAGCUCUCCGGCGAGAUCCCGGCCGACGUGGGGAAACUCUCACGUCUAACCGUCCUGAACCUGGCCGACAACGCCCUAAGCGGCAAAAUUCCAGCGUCCAUCACCCAGCUGGGCUCACUCAAACACCUGGACCUCAGCAAUAAUCAGCUCUGCGGCGAGAUUCCGGAAGACUUCGGGAAUCUGGGCAUGCUGAGCCGCAUGUUGCUGAGCCGGAACCAGCUAACCGGUAAAAUACCAGUUUCUGUCUCCAAGAUUUACCGGCUUGCGGACUUAGACUUAUCCGCAAACCGGUUAUCCGGUUCUGUCCCGUUCGAACUCGGGACAAUGCCGGUUCUAUCCACACUGAAUUUGGAUAGUAACUCUUUAGAGGGCUUAAUUCCUUCGAGUUUGUUGAGUAAUGGGGGUAUGGGCAUUUUGAACCUUAGUCGAAACGGGUUUGAAGGGUCCAUACCCGACGUGUUCGGGUCACACUCGUAUUUCAUGGCUUUGGAUUUGUCUUUCAAUAAUUUAAAGGGUCGGGUACCCUCUUCGUUGGCUUCGGCUAAGUUUAUCGGGCAUUUGGAUCUUAGCCAUAACCAUUUGUGUGGAUCCAUUCCUCUCGGAGCACCCUUCGAUCACCUCGAAGCGUCGUCGUUUACUAGCAAUGAUUGCUUGUGUGGGAACCCCUUGAAGACUUGCUAGUUAUAGUGGGUGACCCGGGAUCCGAAUGCGUACCCGGAUAGAUACCCGAUUUGUUUACAAGGUGUGGUGUAAUAAUUUUAUUUUAUUUUGUUGUUAAGUGGUGUAAGUGUAAUAUAACGUUUUAGUGAGAAAGUUGAAAGAGAGAAAGGAAAAGAAGUGAGGGCAUAGGCAUCUGCGUGCACGUGCACGACAAGACAAGGGUUUCAAGGAAGGAAUUCAUGUUUGUGUGGGAGGUCAAGCUUAUUUGAAAAUUAUUCCUGUGCUGCAUGUGAGCUUCCUUGUUUUACUAGUAUAAUGUAAAAGAAGAUAUAUGGAUAAUGAUUUCAUUACUGUUCUUCCUUUACUAAUUUUAAGGGUUUUAUUUUUUAUUUUUUGUGAAUGUUAAGGGUUUGAUUUAUAUAUAUAGUCACAUGCAAAAGUUA